UACAUCUUAAACCAUGCGGUUUCUCACCAAGACAGCAUCGAUAUCUCAACCUUAUACACUUCCCACGCCUUUAAAAAGAUCUUUCACCCAUCGGAUUGCUCGGUAUAGACUUGAAUCGCUAGUCGUCCAGCGCCUGGUGUAAAAGGCAGCUUCAUCAUGUCGCAGAACUUUGGGUACUUUCCGACACAUCGAGUAUCCAUGCAAGUGACAGGUUUAGUUUACUCACAUACUAGCACUAAAAAUACCCGACGCGUUGCACACCUACAAAGCCAUUACCUUUUGACAGCUUGUUCACGCGCAAGAAUAGGGGGCGGCCCUUCAUCGGCUCUUACUCACUGGGUCCGAUUCGUUGUUCAACACGUGAAAACAAAAACUAUCAGUUUCUGGUGGUCUGUUCAUGCCAUCAUGGUGUGAUUUCUCAAACGAAGAUGAAACGGAGCUAUUGGCCCUGUUGACACCUUUUACCGUGAUGACAGCUGCGUGCGUAGGGAGACCAGGGAGGUGGAAAAGGGUCGGUGAGAAAACAGCAUACGAGCCAGGAGCUCUGAGGUUACUUCUCGUUGGUUGUUUGUUCUACUCUUUUCUUGUUAUAUUUCUCCACCUCUCAACCUAUUCUAAAAGCUGUUUGUCCCCAUUGCUCAUCUUUUCAUCGUUCCUGUUGCCUUUUCACUCAUUGACUUUACUUCUCCUUUUCUCCUUUUCCCCUUUUCUACAGUGCGCGGACUAUAGCGUCUUCUGGCCAGCGAUUUCUUCUAUUCCAUCCAUCUUCACUACCCUCUCCUCGCUCACUCACGCUCGCCACAGAAAUAUAUUACGCCCAGCAAACACGCUCAACAGCGCGCUUAUCAUGCCCUCACGGUUCCAUUCUCCUAGCAAGAUGUCUCUCAAAGACGUCAAGGCACCUUUCAAGACGAGAAGACUUUCUGCAUCUUCCAUCUCCCAUCCUUUCUCUGUCUCUCCCCUCUCUUUCAACCUUUCAGUCAGUCUUGCCGACUCGGGCAACAACGUUAACGAGGAUAAUCAUGGGCAUACAGAUAAUGGGAUAAGGGAGAAACCCGUAGGAAUCAUCAAGCAUGGCACCCCUUCUCCUCCAUUCGUGCCUCCCAAAUCCCCUUCUCCUCCACCUGUCCCACCCAAGUCGCCUCCCCGUUUGCUUCCCCUUCCCCUUCACCCUCCCUCUCAACCUCUACCUUCCAUUCGACCCCGACGACAGCCACAACGCUCUUCCAUACCGGGAAAGUCUUUACCCAAAUCUCCAACCAAAAACAGUAUCUUUAAGAUGGUAGCAAAAUCGGUAUCCAUGCCUUCUCUUCAUUCAACAACGAAUAUAAGGGACCAGGUCAAGAACAACGGUAGGACCAAGUAUAAGGGUAAAGAUACCAAAGAAUUAUCAUCCAAAGCUCCAGACGGAUUUAAGGACAAUCCCAGAUGGAAGAAGACUACAAAGGAAAAGAUCAAGCCAGCACCAAAGUCACAGGAAAAAAUGAAAUCACCGAAACAAGGGAUACUCAAGUUCGGCAGAAAAGAGGCAAAUCACACUCUGAAUUCGAACUCGGAAAUAACGGGAAAGAAGAAAAGCAAGGCUAAGAUGGCGCAGGACGUUCCUCGACAGGUUCGUUUUCAUCAUGUCCCACCGACUCCGCCAGUUUCUGGUGUUUCGCGCGGUAGCAGGGAUGCGAAGAGGAACAGAAUUGGAGGUGCUAUUACGUCUGCUGAAUCGUUAAGGUUUCCAAUACCUUCCGUGCUGAUUUCUGAUAUUGCUAACCAAUCGGUCGAUUCGAUGCUUGAUCAAAUGUUGGCUGCUCAAGCAAAUUAUAAGCCUACAUCGCCUAUAGCUUUCCCUACCGCUGUACCAACCCCACUAGAAACAGCUAGCGAAGUGAGCACUCGUCACGAAGGUCAUGCACAAGUACAAAAUCCGGUAUACGAGCGGGUGAUGAAAUCGGAAAAAUCAACCCCUUCGCCGCCUAGCUCAAUCGAUACAUAUUCACAGACCCAUACCCAUAUUUCCACGGCGAACCCCGUAUCUGAACCUUGUGCCGGGUAUGGCUCGACGUCCCCAUCUCUUCUUUCGGCUCAGGGUCCUACCAAUCGAAGUCUGUCCAUUUCUGGUGGGCUUGGUAUCGAGACGGCAAGUCUUACCCGAGGAGUAUCUUUGAUGGAGAAUAUGCACCAAGCGCCGGAGGUUCGUGCGAUGCCUGAUUCGCAGCAUAGGCGGGAAAUGCCUGUGAUUUCUGUGGAGAUGGUUGAUGACCAGGCGUACCGCGGAAAUUCAUAUCCACACUUCGCUGCCGGGGGGGUUACAUCUUCCUUCAACAGUUCUUUGCGGUCAACUAAUACUAGUAGCAAGAAGGACAACCCUCAAGCUAUAGUCUCUUCCACCCAUUCGAAUAGCACUACACCGUGGUACGACGUCUCUAUCCACCCCACCGAACCUGCUUCACCAGCACUUUCAGCUAUCAGUUCCUCUGCCGUGAUUGGUGCUCCCCUUUCUUCUCAUCCUUCUCUUUAUCCUUCUUCGGGAGGACCUUUCUUGUCGGUGGAAAGCGAAAAGAAUUCUGGGGAAAGGCUUUCAUCCAACUUUGAGCCGAUCUCGAAGACUGAUAACCCAAGACAGUCGGCGUUGAUGGUCGACCUAGGCAUUGGUCGUCCUUACGAUGAAGCUUUGGCCCAGGCUUCAAAUGUAACCGCUAUCACCGCCGCCCCGACCGCUACCAAUACCACUACAGGGAUGAGGAUGACAUCCAUUCCUUCUCUGUUGCCGCUCAAUCAGCUCAAACAGCCGCUCAACGAGAAUUCCUCCGCAUUUCCGCCGGUGAUAUCACCUUCCAUGUCUGAAUCUUCUGGGGCGGAGAUACUUCUCACCCCGAUGGACCAUCAAUUCCACGGCCAUACAGCUCACACCAUGGCUAAGACUUCCAGCACAGGUGACGGCAGUAGUGGUGGUGCUCCUGAAGCCCUUUUAACAAUGGAGGAAAGCUUGAUGUAUAGGGCCCUUUUUGCUCGGGCGUUUCAGCGAGGGUUCCUUACAGCCGAUGAUCUAAAAGGUGAAAAGACGUUUGUAGAGGCCUUGAACCCUGGAGGUCACUUGCCAAACGUGGAUCAUGGCGUUGCGAAGGAAAUAGUUGCUUUGAGGCGGGAGAACGCAAGACUCAAAACGCAAUUGGCGGUUUCAGAGGAUAUCGUCGAAAGCCAAAGAGCAGAGCUUUCUGCUUUCCUACACUCGCCAAAAUCCUCGUACUCCCAAGACCCAUGCUCUCCCAGCCCUUCCCCAAUAAACUCUCCAUCGCGCAAGCAAGGCCUAAAAAUCACCAUUGAAUCGCCCAACGUCAAUUCACGUCUACUGCGCUACAUAAACAGCAGCCUUUCAAGUCCGCCUACAUCUCGAGGUGCGAAAUACAACCACAGAAGAUCAGCAGGCGUAGAUUACCUAAUUAAUGAAGUGUGUCAGUUGCGAACUGAGCUUGAGAUUACGAGAGACCGACAGGGACAGUGGCAGCAUCGUGCAGAAAUGGCAGAAACCCAUCGAGAACGGGCUGAAGAGAGCGUGGCGGCUAUGCAGGCCAUGUUCGGAAGGGUAAUGGAGGACCUGGACGAGGCUCGUCGUCGCUCACAAAUGACAAGGGAAGAGAACGAUAGGGCGAGGUCGGAAAUGGAGGAAAAGCGGAUCAAGGGGGAGGUGGCAAAGCUUGAAUUGAGGAGAAGGGACGACAAGGAGCUAUUGGAGAAGGAAAAGAUGAAGGUCAAGGUAAAAAUUAUGGAAAAGAAGAUUGAAGGGUACAAUGAAGCGGUGAGGAUGUUCAAGAACUGUCUCGUUGAAGUCGCUCAACUACGCGAACAACGUUCCGGUAUCGAACAAGAACUCUUCCACCUUCGCACGGAUUAUGAUCAUCUUUCUUUUUCGACCACUGCCUCAAUCAAAUCACCGCCCUCACAUUCAGCGGCUUUACUUCCUGAAACAAAAAGACACCCUCACUCUCAACAACAACGCAUUGCGACACCUUCUUCGACCAACAUUUCAACUAAUGACCAGGACGGAAAGCAGGAAGGAUCCCUUACUCCGGUAGGCCCGACCACUUCCAAGCGCUCGCAAAGUUUCCAACCGACCUCUGAAGGAUCAAAGACUUCUCCUGGAUUGAGCCGACCGUCAUUCUGGAAAUUCGCUUCGGCGCCUCGAACACAGGAGACCAUUUAGUACGAAGGACCUGGCCCCACCCACGUCCCACUCAAACAAGUCAUUUUUUUGGACAAUUAUAAUAACGCUCAUUAUUCAUGUGUUUUCGAAGAAUUAGAUAAUCAAAGUGAAAAGGUGACUUUAAGCAUGGCAGUUGCGUUACCACGCGUUCAUCUACCGUAUGCAAUCCACAUUUUUCUAUAUACUUUAGAUAAUAGG